AUGCCUGGAAGUGGCCCAGACUCUGUUACAUUCAGUCCACCAUCACCUGGGUCUGUAGCAGAAGGAGACAGUCUGACUGUGACGUGUGCUACUGGUUGUAAACCACCAUGUUCCUAUUCCUGGACUCUGGGAAAUCAGCAGAUCUCACCAACCUCUCAGUUAACACUGACAAACAUCAACAGGAGUCAGACAGGGAAUGUGUAUACGUGUACAGCGACCAACUCACUUAUACCAAAGUCUAAAACUAAACAGUUCACACUGACAGUGUACUAUGGUCCAGACAGUGUCCAGCUGAACACCACUUCUCCACUGACAGUGAAGGAAGGUGACGCUGUAGCUGUGUCAAGUGAAGCGACUAACUGUUUUCCAUCCUGCUCUUUCAUGUGGAAGUUUAAAUCUCAGAUAAAAUCAACGAGUUCUGUGUUGUCAUUAAAUAACAUACAGAGAUCAGCAGCUGGUGACUACACGUGUACUGCUAGGAACACAAACACACAGAAAUCAUUAGAGAAGAUCAUUUCUCUGGAUGUGCAGUACCAAUCUUCCAUCACUUCUCUGACUUUGAACUCACGGUCUACAAAGGUUACAGUUGAUGAGCUGACUGCUAUGACUCUGAGAUGUGAAGUUAACAGUCAUCCAGGAUCUUACAUCAAACUGUUGAACAACUCAGAGACUCUGCGUGAAAUGACAAACUCUAAACAGGCUAAGUACACGUGGACGGAGGCUGGGUGUCUGGAUACAGGACACUACACGUGUGUAGCGGGAAACAACAUCAAGUCAACUGUCAAUGAAAGUGUGCAGCUUGUUGUGAGAUGUUCACCAAGACUAGAUCAUCGAGUUCCAUUCCAGAAACAGUUUGCAGCAGUAGUAGAUGGUGAUGUAACUCUGAAUAUAUCAGUGAUUGCCAACCCAUCACCCACAUUCAUCUGGUACAAAAUGAUUGGUGGAAACAGAAAUAAUAUUGGGGCUGGUAGUUCAUCUACAUCUGUCGUAUCUGCUGUUGGGAAACUCACACUAACAAAUGUACAGCAGGGUGAUAUUGGGACCUAUCAGGUUGUUGUUUCUAAUGGAGCUAAAAACACAGAUCUUGUGCAGAACCUGACGUUUUAUGUAGCAGUGAUCCACACUCAUUCUCAGUUGCUUGGCUGGAGGCAUUUAACGGAGGAUCAGAGCAGACGUUUGUUGUACAAUACCGAGCAGACACCUCAUCAAGGUGGACGAAUCUCACUGAAGUUGUUCCAGAAAAAGGAGUUAACAAAAUUCAGAAAGCUGUUAUACCAAAUCUUCAACCAAACACGAGAUAUAUUGUGCGGGUUUUGACUCAUAAUAAAUAUGGAUACAAAGGCUUUACUGAGGAACAGGAAGCCUUGACUUCACCUUCAGGUGAAUCUGUUCUACCAGCCUCAUCAAAUGAAGUAACUGGAGCAGGGAUUGCAGUCGGGAUUGUGAUUGGAAUUGCUAUCGCUGCUGCGGCAGCGUCUGUCUUUGUAUUUUUGUGGAGACGAGGCUAUUUGUG